UCUCAGACGAGACAGUCGCCUUCAAUUGCUCCUCGAUGUCGCUGUAGUCUUCUUCAAAAUUGGUGGCCAAACUCACAAGCAAAUGCCCGCCCUCCGUUGAGAUUGGCCGCAGCGGAGAAUCGACGCCUGCGGUGCCGUUGGUCCACCGCCUCUCCAGCCAACGACCUAGGCGAACUCAAGUCCCCAACUGACUGAGAGUUGCGACUUAUCUUCCCACAUGUGAGCAGAAGGCAUUCGACAUCAUAAUGUACAAUUGAGCCUUGCUAUUCUCCCAUCUUCCCUUCACCUUGUUACUGCGACGGUCAGCUGUCCGGAAACACCGCCGCCGAUACCUAGCGUACCCGUUGCGAAAUAUCGACCUUACUGCGGGCAGCCAGCGCAGUUCAGGUCGCCGUUCGGCGUCCCUAAUACACGCCGAUCAAAACUUCGAUGUUGGCAGCAAAGAGCCUGCUGCAAGCCCAUAACAUGACACCUCGCACGAUAUAACCAGUUGAGCAAGUACGAUAACAUUCCCGGCUUCGAUGAGAUUGGGUUUAUCAAAAUGGAGAAGGAAAAGGGAAAUCCAGAUGCCGGACUGCGGAGUCUUGAUCAUUAUAAUAUCAUGCUCCCAAGAUGGCGGUACAUUUUGAGAGAACAGCUCAUUCCCAUUGUUCGAUGGGAAACUCCUUAUGUUGCAUGGUUACAGAGCACCCUGAGGUCUCCAGCACUCGACACGUAUUUCGCCAUGUCUGCAAAUUUGGGGACCCAUACAUUCUUCAACAUCAUGCUUCCGAUCUGGUUCUGGUGCGGUUAUACUGAUCUGGGCCGAGGUAUGACCCAUAUUCUGGCCAUGGGGGUCUUUUUCAGCGGUUUCAUCAAAGAUCUCGUAUGCCUGCCCCGACCCUUGUCCCCUCCACUUCAGCGAAUCACCAUGUCGGGGUCGGCGGCCCUGGAGUACGGCUUCCCCUCAACACAUUCAACGAAUGCGGUGUCGGUUGCUGUGUAUGCCAUUCUGUUACUCAGGGAGAACAGUGCUGAGCUGUCGCCUAAUAUGAGCUUAGCAAUCCAAGUCCUAGCCUACUUCUACGCCUGUUCAAUCAUCUUGGGGAGGCUAUACUGCGGCAUGCAUGGAUUCUUUGACGUUGUCUUUGGCAGCGCUCUCGGAGCAGCUCUCGGGCUGUUGCAAUUUGCCUACGGGCCUGUUUUUGACGAAUGGUUCUUUGCCGGAAAUAUGAAACGUGUUCUGCUUGUGAUACUCAGUAUUCUGGUCUUGGUCCGAAUUCAUCCUGAGCCAGCAGAUGACUGUCCUUGCUUCGACGACAGUGUGGCUUUUGCAGCAGUGGUCAUAGGCGUCGAGUUUGGUACCUGGCACUUUGCCAAAUCUCCUCACUCAUGGUCAUACCCAUCUCAUGGGACAGUACCCUUCGACCUGGAGCAAAUGGGAUGGUUCGUGGCUGUUGCCCGCAUCUUGUUAGGAGUCGUGGUGGUCUUCGCCUGGCGAGGUGUGAUGAAGCCUUUGUUGCUCAAAUCUCUUCCGCCCCUGUUCCGAAUCAUUGAGCAGUUAGGGUUGAGUCUUCCUCGGCGAUUCUUCAAACCUGCGUCUCAGUAUAAGACGGUGCCUCGACAACGCCAUGACGACAACGUUAUUCCCUACGCGAGGGACAUUCCCGAGCUCAUUUCCUCGUUACGUCGGAGAAGGGCUGUCUCCAUCGGUCCACAGUCCGAAGCAGACGCGUACGAAACCCUGGCGUAUCGUGAGAAGAGGCGACGUGACAGCCUGACGGCAAACGGGUCACCAAAUUCUCCCAAGGGGAUCUCGCCCGAGCGAGGCUACGUUGGCGACCAGACUACAGAUGGCCACGUCAGUCAAAGCGUUGGUAGGAACAGAUCCAGUAGUCUUGAAAUGUUUCGAGCCCAGAUGGGUACGGGGAUGGACAGUCUAUCUCCCCAGCCAGUGCGCUCGCCUCCGGAGGUGGAUGGAAAGGGCACGUCAGAUAUGGACGAACUGCAAGCCAAGAGUUUGUUCUCGAGUAUUCAACGACCACGCGUGAGAUAUGAUGUGGAGGUUGUGACGAAACUGAUUGUGUAUAGUGGAAUUGCUUGGUGGUCGGUGGAAGGGAACCCACUCCUAUUCAAAUACAUUGGUCUUGGAAUGGAGUGACGGACCGGUCGGCCGUUGGAACAGAGGAUUCAAACGGUUGUCUUCCAAAGCGUUUGCAAGCUUGUAUUGGAGAUAUAUAAUAGAAGAUAGUUAUAUUGAUGAAGUCUCAAAUUCUCGCCAAAGAGU